AUGGCGUCCUCUGCAUCCGACACUCCGGAGCAGGAUCCCGCUCAGCGCCAGAGACUCUUCGACGACCACCGCGGCUUCCUGCACACGUCAACGCUCGCGGCGUGUUUCCUCGCGCCCGCGCUCGUCGCCCUGCCACCGCGCAAAUUGGACCUCUACACCUUCUCCUUAACGGGUGCCUUCAUUGGUGCCGCAAACUACCAGCUCCGAGAACGCACGGGGUUGGGGUUCAUGGGCCACGCCUCGAGGCGCUUCGUGAACGGACAGGUCCCCCGGUUCGGCCAGGAGAUUGCUGGUCCAGCGAAUGGGGACCAACGUCUUCCCUUUGAACAUGCAGUGGUACCGGGUAUGGUGCAGCAGAACGAGACAUCUGCUCUGCAGGAUAAAGCUCGGGAAGCUUGGACGACAGGGCGGAACGAGGACUGGAAACAACGCCGUUUGAAAGAAGAGCAGGAGAAACUUGAGCAGGGUGAAAGUUACUGGAGCAUGAUUGUCGACCAGGUUUGGGAGGUUUGGAACCAAGGCGAGGAAAAAGUCGACGAGUUGAAAGAGAGGGAUGAGGAAGCUGUGCAGAAGCAAAAAGACCAGGGAUGA